AGGUCCAGGUUGAAAAUGCUGCAUGUGUCAGUGAUGUUGUUGUACCAGAAGUUUGACAGCCCUAGUUUAGAUUAGUGACUGAGUGGCUUUGCAGCACAGCUUGGUUAUUAUAUAACAAACUAACUUCUUGGCUUCAACAGGCUCGGUCAGCUCUCAGUGUACACAUUUCAGAAUUUGUAUAUUUCAUUAUCCUGUGUUUGAUGUUAAACAAUGUGCAUCAUGCAAUAGCAAAGCUCAAUGCACAGCUGCUGUAUGUGUGUUUGUAUGAAUGUUCUAGAUUUUAUUUUUCUCUUGCUAUUUUUCAAAAACCUUUCUGUGAGAUUUGCCUUGACUAAGUACUAAUUACGAUUAUUUUCACAGAGCCAUUAUGUCCACAAGAAAGAGGAGGAAAAAGCCUAUAGAUGAUGCAAAGACACACAUCCUGUCCUGUACUGACAAGGUUGGGUUUAUGUCGAGAUACAUUGACGGUUACAAAGGAAGAGGAGUGUUUGCCACACCCCCCAAUGAACCAGGGGACUUCGUCUUGGAGUACAGGGGUAAACUCCUCACAAAGGAAGAAUGCGAGUCAAGACGAUACUCAGAGACUGAAAGCAAAUUUCUCUUUGGCUUUAAGUGGCAGAACCAUUGCUUAUGCCUGGAUGCAUCUGAAGAAGAUGGCUCUCUCGGAAGAUUGGUCAAUGACAACCACAAAAAUCCUAAUUGCGUUAUGAAAAAAAUCAUAGUUGACAACAAACCACAUUUGUGCCUUUUUUCUCUGAAGAAAAUAGAAAUAGGAGCUGAAAUUUAUUACAACUAUGGUGAUUCAAAAUGGCCUUGGCGCAGUAAGGUGGGAAAAAACAAGGCUCCUGCAGCAGCAAAAGAGAACCUAUUGGGUGGGGAAGGCCAGAUGAAAGGCCUUCAGACUCCUGCUGCAGCAGAAGAGAAUGAGGCCAGCCCUGUUCCUCAGAUGCUUAAUGAUGGACCAAUCCCAGAUGAGACCUACACACAGAUGAAAGGCCUUCAGACUCCUGCUGCAGCAGAAGAGAAUGAGGCCAGUCCUGUUCCUCAGAUGCUUAAUGAUGGACCAAUCCCAGAUGAGACCUACACACAGAUGAAAGGCCUUCAGACUCCUGCUGCAGCAGAAGAGAAUGAGGCCAGCCCUGUUCCUCAGAUGCUUAAUGAUGGACCAAUCCCAGAUGAGACCUACACACAGAUGAAAGGCCUUCAGACUCCUGCUGCAGCAGAAGAGAAUGAGGCCAGUCCUGUUCCUCAGAUGCUUAAUGAUGGACCAAUCCCAGAUGAGACCUACACACAGACCAUUCACAUGGAGGGACCUUUAGCAGAGGACAUUGAAGAUGUCUGUGUGCUAGGUGACAAGGGGUCAGACGAUGAGGUCAGCAUGUCAUCCAGGCAAGAAUGUACCUCCAUAUCAGAAAGUCAAAACCAAAGAGUGUCUGCAACAGAUGUCAGUAUGCCAGAAGAGGGGUCAGAACAUGAGGUCAGCAUGUCAUCCCUGCAAGAAUGUACCUCCACGCCACAAGUCCAAAACCAGACUGUCUCUGCAAAAAAGAGAGAAAAACAAACAGCUGUCAAGAGAAGCUGGACCCCAGAAGAGUGUGCUGCAGUGGACAAACAUUUGAGGAGAUUUAUCGUGAGGAGUCAAGUUCCUGGUAAAGAAGAGUGUCAGCGCUGUAUUACUGCUGCACCUGAAGCUCUCAGAAACAGAGACUGGAAAGCUGGUAAAUAUUAUGUUAAAAAUCGCAUUACAGCCCUGAGAAGAAAAGUAGUAUGAAAGCACCUAAUUGAACGGAGGUAAAAGCAAAACAUUGGAUGUCAAAAUGUUUUGUCCUUUGUUGUGUUUGUUGUUACUUUUUGUUGUUUUUGUAAGGGUUUGCUCAGGUUUUAUGGCUGUUCCGUUGUGUACAAAUAAAAACAUUUCACAGUUUUUUUUUGUAUAUUUUUUACACCUGUAAUAACAAGGCAUUUUGAAUGCAGUCCAAUGAAACGCAUAAUUUCAAUGCCAAUGUAACAAAAAAUGUUGGGUUUGCAUAGAACUUCAAACUGAUAUUGUUAAAACAUUCAGUGGAGAUUAGAUUAAUGAUUUAAUAAUUAAAAAAAUCACAAGCAUAUGGCAUAAAAUGUAAUUAAAUUGGUCAUUUCAAUUUUGUUAUUAAACUGUCUUUGAAGCUGAA